AUGUCGUUCGUGGCGGUCGACGAGAGCGGAGGCUGGAUGCGCAAGUGGGACGACCUGAUGCACAACCUCGACGUGCACCACCUGCGCUCUCCUCUCAAUGCCCACCCAGAUCCAUUCGACGUGACUUCGUUGAAUGCGUUUGCCCACGAACAGGGCCGAAGCGCAGAGCUGCAGUGCUUGGGAAUCUCGCCACGGUCUUCGGGCAGAGAGGACAAAAAGAAGGUGAGGGAUCACGCAGCCUACAUCUUCACCAACAACGACCGCAUCAUGCUCAAGGUGCCUUCAGUGCCACUGUUCAAGUCCUUCUGUCAAUCGCUGAUCACGCGCUACGACCUCGAUUCGCACCUGGUCCAGGCCCGAGUGAUUCGAGUGGAGCCCUGCUUCGAUGCGCCGGAAUCCACCGAAACUCGACCAACGACCAAGCCUUCGUCGUUCAAGGUCCACUUGUCCACUGGCCAAGUGCUGCGGGGCAAGCGCGUGGUGUUGGCCACGGGCCAGACUCGGCCCCGCAUCCCCUCGUGGGUGCCGGAACAGCAGACCACCCAACGGAAGGGCAACACCAUCAUCCACUCGGACUGGAUGCGGGUCAACGACCCUGCCUUUCGGAGGAGCAUCAAGAACAAGGUGGGCCUGGCCUCUCGCCAGCCUCUGAUCCCAACUCAACCCCAACACUGA